AUGGAUCUACCUCCUUCUCACUCCCAAUCUCAACCUUCGUCAUUUCCCCAACAGCAAUCUUAUACAUACUCGCACGGCCAAGAUCCUUAUCCAGAACCAUCACCUGCAGUCGCCGACAACAACGCACAUCCAUACUCAAGUCCUCAAUACGACGACGAAUACCAUCUCUCAAACUCGAUCCACGCACCACAACCGCAGUCGCGGCAGCCGGGUCGUUUCACCGAGGAAUGGGAUGCAGCGCAGAGAGGGCCUUCUUUACUAUUUGAUCCCUCUACCAACGUCGCAAACAUGCAGCGCAGCAACUCCGUACACAGCUUUGUGAGCGGCGAUGACCAGCAGCUUCCGGGUCGUCAGAACACUCUCAAGAAGAAGAAUUCGGUGCGCCGAAAUGGAAGCAUGAAGCGCAGUAGCAGUCGUCGCAGCAUGAGAGCUGGUAGUGUCAAGAGUCUUGCUCUACAAUCCUCCUCUGACCAUGACGAGGGCCAUAGUGCCUUCUACUGCCCGGUUCCUACUUCAGGAAAUCCAACCGAAACACUUUCCAACCGUUUUCAAAACUGGAGAAAGGUGCUCAAGGAUCUCAUCGCAUACUUCCGCGAGAUCCAAACCCAUUAUGAGCACCGCUCCAAGUCUCUUCUCAAGCUCGCCAAUGUCUCCAACAAUAUUACCACCCCACCUGGUUUUCUUCAAUCAGCCGGCAUAGAUGACGCCCUCCAAUUCCUUCGGGACUACAACAAGAACGCUAUCCUCGAAGCCAACAAGGCUAAAGAAAUCGAAGAGGAUGUGAUCCUUGCGCUCACUGGUUUGCGAAGUGACCUUCAACAAAAGAUCAAGGAAAUCAAGAACCUUUCAGGCGAUUUCAAAAACUCGGUCGACAAGGAGAUGGACCAUACUCGUAAGGCUGUCAAGACUCUCAGUGAUAUCUUGGGGCGAAACGAGUUGGACGAAUCCUCCACAACUGGCAAGCAAGACCCAUACUUGCUACGCCUGGCUGUCGACCGCCAAGUCGAGCGUCAAUUGGAUGAAGAGAACUAUCUGCACCAAGCUUACCUCAACUUGGAAAACUCAGGACGAGAGUUGGAGGCGAUUGUUGUCGGAGAGAUUCAAAAGGCUUACAAUGCCUACGCCGGCAUCCUCAAGCGAGAGGCCGACAACUCUUAUAACCUUAUUGGCGAACUUCGAGAGGGCCCCAUUGCCAUGCCUAAGGACCAUGAAUGGAUGCAUUUUGUGACUCACGAUGAGAAGUUUGUGGACCCGAGCAUUCCACUCAGGACUGCGGACCAGAUUCACUACCCCGGCCAAGACCACGAGGCAGCCCAGGAGAUUCGAGCCGGAUUGUUGGAGCGUAAGAGCAAAUACCUAAAGAGCUACACAGCCGGCUGGUAUGUACUUUCCGCUACGCAUCUUCACGAAUUCAAGACCGCGGAUAAAGCGCAAGCCCCCGUCAUGUCACUUUAUCUUCCAGAACAGAAAGUAGGAUCACACUCGAACGAAGGUGGUUCCUCGAACAAGUUCAUCCUCAAGGGCCGCCAGACAGGCGGUAUGCACCGUGGACAUACCUGGGUAUUCCGUGCCGAGAGCCACGAUACUAUGAUGGCUUGGUAUGAGGAUAUCAAGGCCCUUACGGAAAAGACCGCCGAGGAGCGGAGCCAAUUCGUACGCAGCCAUUCGAGAAGCCUCAGCCGAUCUUCACGACGAUCAGUUAGUAGCGAUGGACUGGUCGAUGAUGAAGACGAGGAGCCUUUCACGGCUGAUACCGAAUCAUUUACCAACCCGGGAUUGAGGCAACACGAAGCGACCCCCCGGCGAUCUCAAGCAGGUGGGCGGUUCCCAUCUGAUAUCCAAGUCAAUAAACAACGUGGCUUACAGGCCCCUCAUUCGCCUUCUAGUUUAAGCUCUGGCUUCCAGGACAACAAGGACCCCGCUGUCCCUCCCAUCGUCACAGGUGGUCUUUCUGGUCCGGCCGCUGGAGAAUCGCAGCAGACUCGGGACUACGGUACUGUUCACCAGACCCCCUUGGAUGAGAUGCCCUCGCAUGCUGCCAUUGCGAGCCAAAAGGCUCACUACGAUGGUGUUAACCCUUAUACAAGCGAGCCGGUCAAUCAGUCUCCUGCUGGACCAGCUUCCUUCAACCAACAGCAGCAAUAUGAACCGCAGUACGAGCAGCAGCAUCCGAUUCAACUUUCGGAGUAUGUUGAUCAGAGCCACAACCAAACUUAUCUUCCAGUUAUGAUUCCCCAGGGUAAGGAGGAGCGUAACGACAAUUUGGCCAACAAUGAACAGCUCCGCUACGGUGAUCAGUCUAAUAACUAUGCCAUGGAGCCACGAGAGGACCAGUAUGGCAGAGAUGCUAUGAGUGGAAAUGUGCAUCAGGCAUCAAGCUAUCCGCAGGCCUCGUACGAGCCACAGCCUUCUUAUGACCAACAACCCAACUAUGAUCAUACCAACGGCAAUGCCAACGGUGGUAGCAAAAUCAACAACUACACUUUGACCACAGUGGGAGAGGGUUUCCCCCGACUUGAUGGCGGCGCAACUCAUGGGGCUCAGCCAUCAACUCGACAGGCUGAAUCAGUGUACACGGACCGCGACUCGGUUUUGCUCCAGACAGAUGAUGAAGAUGAGACCCCUAUGACCCGACCGUCGGUUAACAACCGAACUGAGAGCCAUAACACUAUCUCGAACUUGCACAUUCCUGGCGGAUACCCAAAGAGCAGCUACGCGGCAUAA